ACCUUGGCCGCUACGGUGGUAAUGGUGUUGGCCCUGCUCAGUCCAGGACGAGUGAGCCGCUUCAGACCGCCAAGACCUCUUCCCGACACCAGUCCUAACGGUGGAAGCGGCCGGCCGGCCAACUGACCACAAGCUACCAUCUAGCCCGACCUUUCCGGCUUAGUCUCUAUGGUUCGUUCCUCUCAGUCCUUUCCGAAGAAGAGCGGCCGAAGGGUGGGGCCGAAGCCGGCCUACAGAGGAGCCUUGUGGGAAGAAGGGAAACAAUAUGGCGGAUGGAGAGGAACCGGAGAAGAAAAGAAGGAGAAUAGAGGAGCUGCUGUCUGAGAACCCCCCUCGUAGAAGCCCAUGCGGACUUUGGCAUUCUCUCGGGCCGGGCCCUACUGUGGCGGUUCCGCGGAAGGGUUUUCUCUAGCCCGAUCGUCUCUUAGCGACUCUGAAGAGGAGUGAAAAAGAAGUGAAGAGGAGAUCAUUGGCUAUGAUGGGCUCCUUUCAAGGAAUGGCUGUUGAUGGUGGGUGUGGGGACACUGGAGACUGGGAAGGUCGCUGGAACCAUGUAAAGAAGUUCCUCGAGCGACCUGGACCCUUCGCUCACCCCGAUUUCGAACCAAGUGCUGAAUCUCUCCAGUUUUUACUAGAUACCUGUAAAGUUCUAGUUGUUGGAGCCGGAGGAUUAGGAUGUGAGCUCCUGAAAAAUCUGGCACUAUCUGGUUUUAGAAAAAUUCAUGUCAUUGAUAUGGAUACUAUAGAUGUCUCCAAUCUAAAUAGGCAGUUUUUAUUUAGGCCUAAAGAUGUUGGAAGACCUAAAUCUGAAGUCGCUGCAGAGUUUCUCAAUGACAGAAUACCCAAUUGUGCUGUAGUUCCACAUUUCAAAAAAAUUCAGGAUUUUGAUGAUACCUUUUAUAGACAAUUUCAUAUUAUUGUAUGUGGCCUGGACUCUAUCAUUGCCAGAAGAUGGAUGAAUGGAAUGCUGAUGUCACUUCUGAAUUAUGAAGAUGGUGUACUGGAUCCAAGUUCUGUAAUUCCGCUAAUAGAUGGGGGAACAGAAGGGUUUAAAGGAAAUGCUCGGGUAAUUCUUCCUGGAAUGACAGCUUGUAUUGAGUGCACACUGGAACUUUAUCCGCCUCAGAUUAAUUUCCCUAUGUGUACCAUUGCAUCUAUGCCCAGGCUUCCAGAACACUGUAUUGAGUAUGCAAGGAUAUUACAGUGGCCUAAAGAACAACCUUUUGGAGAUGGUGUUCCUUUGGAUGGAGAUGAUCCUAAUCACAUUCAGUGGAUUUUCCUAAAAUCAUUAGAGCGAGCAUCACAGUUUAAUAUUAGGGGUGUUACAUAUAGACUUACUCAAGGAGUCGUCAAGCGAAUCAUUCCAGCUGUAGCUUCCACAAAUGCUGUCAUUGCAGGCAAGGAAGUAAAGCAAUUAGUUGAAUCUGUGUGCGCCACUGAAGUUUUUAAAUUAGCCACAAGUGCAUACAUUCCCCUUAAUAAUUACCUGGUGUUCAAUGAUGUUGAUGGGCUGUACACUUACACAUUUGAGGCAGAAAGAAAGGAGAAUUGUCCAGCCUGCAGCCAGCUUCCUCAAGAUAUUCAGUUCCCUCCAUCAGCUAAACUGCAGGAGGUCUUGGAUUAUUUGACUAAUAGUGCCUCAUUGCAGAUGAAAUCUCCAGCCAUCACAGCUACUUUAGAUGGGAAGAAUAGAACACUUUACUUACAGACAGUAAGUUCAAUUGAAGAACGAACAAGACCAAAUCUUUCAAAAACCUUGAAAGAGUUGGGGCUCACUGAUGGACAGGAACUUGCAGUUGCUGAUGUCACCACACCACAGACUGUCUUGUUCAAACUCCAUUUCACGGCUUAAUUCAAUCACACUUUAUCUGCAUAUAAUGAAAGAAAAAUCCAUAUAAUUAUUAUUCAAUGCUAAGAAAAAUCUAACUUGCUGUUCUCUUUAGUCUUAGUGUUGCUGAAUGCAACUUUUAAAUCUUCCUUUCUUUAGAACUAUCAAAGCAGAAUUUGAAGAGAAUCAUUUAUAAGAGCUUUCAUUAUUAUAUGAUUUAUAAUGCCUGGAAAUAGAUAUGCUUAUCUGUUGGUUGUAUUUUUCUUUACAACAGGCAAACACUCUGUCCUGUACAUGGAUAUUUUACAUUAGUCAAAAUAAUUCAUCCCUCAUCUUGUAGUUAGCAACACAUGCAUCUUUGUAGAAAAAUAAGAUUUUAAAUAAUAUUUUAUAUCUGUCAGCAGACAGAUAUAGUGUACCACAAAUGUGCAACUUUCCUUCUUGAUUGAAUAUUCAGUUGCUUUUUAGAUGGAUUGAAUAUUAAGUAUCACAAAGGGUUAUGUUGUUCAUAAUUUAUUAAAGCUAUUUUUAUCCCAUUUGUGCAAGAAAAAGGGAAAAUACUUUUCAUGGACAUAUUUGCAAUCCACUCAGGAUUAAUAAUAUAUUUAAUGCCCACUGAACUGAAAUGGAACUUAAUGCUAAACAGUAACUGCUGAAGACACAUAUUUAUUAAUAAACUUAAAACUAGUCUACUUUGUCCCACUGGGUUCCAUAUGUGUUUGAGGCCAGUAAACUGUCCUGUGUAAAAUUAAACUUUCGAAGCUUGAAAAUUUCAGUUUCAAAGUCUAUAUAAAUAUUCUAUUUUGCUGUGUAAGGGCACACCUGCACACAUGUAAUUAUCACUAUCCUCAAAUAUGAAGAGAAAUAUUUUUUAAAGGGGGACGUUGAUAAGCAUCUUCAGGAAACUUGGUAAAUGAUCGUGUGUGUGAGAGAGAAUUCCAAAAAUAUAUGUUAAUUUGGGGGAACUGAUACUUUUAAUAGUCUAAUCAUGCUUUUCCAAAAUGAUCCACUACUGAUGUAGGCAACCUAGAUUUAUGUCAUGUAAAAUAGUGGCAACCUAAUUUCUGACAAAAGUUCUUUUAACAUAUACAUUUGUGCAUGUAUGCAUGUCAUGCAUGCUCUAUCCAGUCUGGAAUUCAACUUUGGACAUGUCAGAAUGUUUAAAACCUGUGUACUUCUAAUGAGUAUAAUUGGAAACAAUCUUGCUUCUUAAAUAUUUUUUUUAGAGAUGGAUUAUUAAAGUCUUAGGAACAAAUGUUUCUGCAAAUGUGUAAACCUAACAGUUGCAAUGGGUAGAAGUGGAAUCAUGUUAUAACAAGUACUGUUAUGCCUAAGGAUUUGAUACAAUAUUUUUUUUUCCAAAGUUCUGAUAUUCAGCAGUACAGUAUCAUCUCAUUUUUAGCCAUUCCUUGGGUUAGAAGACAAUGUUAUUUAUGGUGCGAGCUGAUUUUAGAUGUGCAAGUGUGGCGAGACAGUUGCGCACGUGCCCGCAUCCUAUGCAUGUAAAGCAGGAAGGGACUGAGCGUGACUAGUUAGCUUGCUGUACACCCAAAGGCAAAUUUUAUCACCCUCUCUGUGCCACAGUUAUGUCAUUUUUAAAAUGGGAAUGAUCACAUUGCCCCGUCCUCCUUUUUAAUAUUUUUUAAGUCUCCUCUUCCCUUUCUGGUCCCAGUUUUACCAUAAUCUGAAUCAGUGAGCUGUCAUGGGCUGGAAACCCAAUUGAUUCUCCUGGAAGCCAACUGCAGUGCUAAGUGUAGGAGGCCCCGGGCUUGUGGAAUUGUACAGUUUGGGUUUUGGUAUGAAAAAUCAGUUCACAUGAAUUCAUUUUAUUUUUACAACCAGAUGAAACAGCAGUAAUCCACUAAACCCCACUAUUUGAUAUUUGGCACACUGAUGGAACAGAAGUAGACUCUGGAAAUUCUCCAUUCUACCAGUUCUUCCUUUAGUGCUUUUUCCUAGGAGCACUAUGGAAUUUUAAUGCCAAUAUUCCUUACAGUGCUUUCAUACUUUUGUGAUGGUAAAAGUAGUGGUACAGGUUUUGCUCUGCAUGAACUGUGAGCUGCAUGUGUGCAUUCUGCAUAUUGGGCAUGCAUGGGCCCCACUGCACAUGCAGCUGUGUUUUUGGCAUUGGAGUUACUGUGUUUCCAGUCCUGACAUAGAUACAGUACGUGGCGGUGAAGCAAAUCUCAAGUAACACAGGCGCCCCUUGUUGAAAAGCAGCAGGGAUAUAGUUUGACGUGUAGCAAUCAAGUGGCUCUCUGAGUUGCGUGCUCAGCAGACUCUGAAAGAGCCUGAGUGAAGUGCCUGAACUCGGGACAGCUUCAGAUCAACGUAUUCAAGGCUUUGGCUGAGAAGAAUCACAGUCUUUUAAAUGUAUACAUAUGUUGACCUUGAAAAUCAUAAUCUAAUUAUCGAUACUAUUUACACUGCUACUGAAUCAUGUGACUUAAUAAAUAGUAUUAACUCCA